CAUAUUUAGUUAUAAGGUUGAAAAUGGUUUCUGUGCGCUCUCCCUACUCGACGAAACUUUUGUCUAUUACGGUUCUACUUGCAUCCUUGUGUGUUGGACUGCAAGCUGGGAAUUGGACUGCAGAACUUUCAGGAAGGAUCGACUGGAAAGAAUUACCCAACGAAUCCCCAAGCGAGUGCUAUGCAAAUAAUUGGCCUUACUAUCUGUGCGAAAAGCGGCCCAACUGCUUCACUGCCCAACAAGCAUGCGACGGCCACGACGACUGCGGGGAUUCAACAGACGAAUGCAGAGGAAUGUGCAAGGAGACUUUUACUUGCGCAAAACUAGGCGAGUGUAUCGCCAUUGACAAAUUCUGCGACGGAAUAUCCGACUGCCAAGACGGAAGUGACGAAAUGGAAGCCACAGACGACUCGUCUCCUAGCACAUUUUCUUGCGUGAACGCGUGGCGGUAUGUUCUUCAAACGGGCAAAGAUUCGCAGCAACAUUGGAAAGAGCAACGAGUUCCAUGGAAUGUCAACUCACGUGACAUGUUCAUCCCUGAUGUUACGUCAAAGAAAUGUCAUCUUCCAACCCACCUCCUCUGUGACGGAGUGAACCACUGCGGUGACCAUUCUGACGAGUGUCAUCCUGAUUGCGACGACUCCGUACGCUUCUAUUGCAACAAUGGGAGGUGCAUCUCUAUCAGAAAUCGAUGUGAUGGUCGUGACGAUUGCGGCGACGGAAGUGACGAAACAAAGGAUUGUGAUUCUAAGUUUAAGUGCGACGACAACGGAACUGUUAGCAUUGCUUUCGCUAAAUUCUGUGACGGACACCGAGACUGUCCGGACGGAAGAGAUGAAAUUCAUGUAAAAGAGGACGACGGUGUCAUGUGCUCCAAUAUUGGCAAUUUUAAAAACCUGACCUGCCUACUUCCCCCAAGCUAAAUUUGUGAAGGACACGAGCACUGUUUGGAUCGAGCAGACGAGUGCGGAACGGAUUGUCAAUACUCGUUUGUCUGUGGAAACGGCA